AUGGAAGAUUCACGAAAGAAUGGUACCAUCCAUGAAACUCAACCACCCCAAAACAAACGAGAUAAGAAACGAACCAAUAUAGCAAGUAGAUUAAAUAAAUUGGAAUCGACAUUUAAAAAUGAUAGAGAUAUAUUUUAUAGAAAUCUGUUACAUGAAUUACAAAACAAGUUAGCCACAUUACAACAGGGAAGCAAUGAAGAGUUUUUAUACAAAAAAAUGAAUUUGGAAGAAAUUCGAGAUUAUGAAUUGACAAAAUUACGAUUAUGGGAGGAAUAUCAAGUCAAACGAAUAGAAAGUGAAUAUCAAGAAGAUUUGGAUCGAGCUAAAGAGCAACAUGAUAAAAUGAUAAAAUUGAUAAAAGAAAAAUUGUAUGACAAAUUACAACAACAAAUCAAACAUUUGAAAGAAGAUAAAUUUUUGGUGAAUUUAGUAAAUGGCAAAAGUUGGGUGAAUCCCGAGGACCCCACGAAUCAAGCAUUCAACUCUGUGGCAAUAGCCGAGUUAAAUGCCAGUGAUAGAAGAUCACUAAGGAAACGUGAAUUGGCAGGAAGAUUUAGUGUUGGGGAAGCAGCAGACUUGUCUGAUGGUGGUGGUGGUAUUGGAUCUGCCGAUAAUGUUUCGUCGGUUUAUAAUGGCGGGUACUCAUCGGCAGGAAAAAGAAGAAGAAUAUAUGCCACCAGGUAUAGUUCAAAUGAUGAAAUGAGUUCAGGCACCACUAGUGGUAUGCCACUAAAUAACCAUCCCAGCACUCGACAAAACGGGAAUGCCACUAGUGGGUAUGAAUCCAAUUUGAGCGAUAAAGAUUAUGAUACUUUAAAUAUUUUGAUCAUGGAGAACGAUGAUGGGGGAGCUUCCUUAAACCUAACGGCAAAGAACGGUGGAGGAGUUGGCCACCACAAGGUCCAGACCAGAGGUAGCAAUAAACAUUUCGUUGGUCCACAAGGGUUAAAACCUGAGGAGCUAAAUGAGGAUUUAACCUUACUACGGAAUGCAAUUGUUAAGAAAGAUUAG